AUGACCAUAGGGGAGAAAGGAGACACUGGUAAGAGGGAACCCAAUGGUAAAUCAGGCAAAUCAGGGCAAACUGGUCCCAUAGGUCCCCAUGGCAUGAAGGGAACCAAGGGCAGUAUUGGUGCUCCAGGGGAAUCCUGUAAGUCCUACUACGCUGCCUUUUCUGUAGGGCGCAAGAAGGCCCUGCACAAUAAUGACUACUACCAGACCAUAAUUUUUGAUACUGAGUUUGUCAAUCUGUAUGGCAACUUUAACAUGUUUACAGGCAAGUUCUUCUGUUAUAUUCCAUGCAUCUAUUUCUUUAACUUAAACGUUCACACCUGGAACCAGAAGGAGACAUACAUGUAUGUGAUGAAGAAUGAGCAGGAGAUGGCCAUUUUGUACGCCCAGUCCAUCGAUCGCUCCAUCAUGCAGAGACAAAGUCUCAUGCUGAAGCUGGAGAGAGAUGACCAUGUGUGGGUUCGGCUCUUUAAGGGCGAGAGAGAGAACGCUGUUUUCAGCGAUUACUUUGACACUUAAUUGGACUUCACAUUUAAUGGUCACUUCAUCAUGGAUAAGGCAGAAGGCUGA